UUGGUUGAGAGUAAAAUAAGUCCCGCCUCUUCUUGGUAUACAGAGCAAUGAUUUGUCACAGAACACCAGGAAGUUCCUUCCCUAUCUGCGAGAAUGACAGAUUCAGCCGUUAUGGAGAUAUCAUAUGAUGAUCUGAGAGCACUUAUGGAAAAAGGCCAAAGCCUAUUUCUUGUUGAUGUCCGUACUCAGCAGGAAGUGGACGAGGGACGUAUACCCGGAUCUCUUCAUAUCCCAGUUGAUACAGUGGAAGAGGCCUUUAGCUUGGAACCAGAAGCCUUUAAGGCGAAAUAUGGCGUCACAAAGCCACCGCUGGACUGCCCAGAGCUGGUCUUUCACUGUCUGCUGGGAAAACGAGGGGCAGCGGCCACAAGCAAAGCAAACCAACUUGGCUACUUGCAUGCCCGUAAUUACGCCGGAGGAUACAAGGAGUGGUCUGAGAAAACAGCACAGUGACUUUUAUUGAUGAGAAGAGCAUAGGGGCCGAAUUGGACCAUGUAUUCUUGUGCUUAAUUUUUGUAUCCUGGUUUGCUUUCAUUUACACUCCAUCUUUUCAUUAAAGAAGUUGCAAGUAGUAUUUG